AUGGCACAAUUUGAGGCAUUAUAUGAACGGAAGUGUAGGCCUCCUAGCGGUUGGUUCGAAGUUGGUGAAACAAAGUUAUUGGGUUCUGAGUUAGUUCAACAGGCUGUGGAAAAGGUGAAAAUGAUUCGAGGUCGUUUAUUGACUGCUCAAAGCAGUAAAAACUCAUACUCAGAUAACCGACGACAAGAUUUGGAAUUCGUUGUAGGAGACUGGAUAUUCUUAAGGGUGUCUCUUAUGAAAGGCAUGAUUAAGUUCAAAGGUGGUCAAGUGGCUUAUAAACUUGAGUUGCCCCAAGAAUCGGAAGCAGUGCAUCUGGUACUCCAUGUGUCGAUGCUUCGGAAGUGCCUAAUUGAUCUAUCAUAUAUUACCCCUAUCGAAGAUAUUCAAGUUAUGGAAGACCUAUCUUACAAAACAGUUCCAGUGGCUAUCCUAGAUCAUCAAGCGUGUAAGCUGCAAACCAAAGAGGUUGCUUCAGUUAAAUUACGUUGGAGAAAUAAUAACAUAGAAGAAAUGACCAGGAAAGCUGAGGAAGAUAUGAAUUCCAGGUACCCCCAUUUGUUCCAUGCUAUGGGAGGCAACAAUGAGACCACUAUGGCGGGCACAACCCUAGAUGACUAA